AUGCACACUGCCAGCCUGUUUGCCUUGUUGGGUUUCGUUGCCGGUGGACUUUCCCAGAUCGUCGACGGUACUUGGAAGACACUAGCCGAGAUCCCAUAUAAUGUACGCCAGGAGCACUUCGUUGUGGCUCUGGACCAUGAGACAUUCUACAUCAUGGGCGGGAUCAUCCCCACCGACCCAGCUGAGCCCAACGUCACAACCACCAUCAACAUCGUACAGUCGUACAACAUCCCUAGCGACACAUGGUCCAACAGAAGCAGUGUUCCAAUCUCCCUGAACCAUCUCAACGUCGCCGUGGUCAAUGGCAAGAUGUACUCCCUCGGUGGUCUCCAGGUCCUGCCGGAUGCCUGGCACGGCAUCGGGAACAUGUUCGUCUACGACCCGCAGACGGAUGUCUGGACCAAUCUCACCACGACGCUGCCGGACAACACAUUCCGGGGUGCCUCCGUAACUGCCGUCAAGGACGAUGUCAUCUGGAUGGCUGGCGGUGUCAGGCUUCUUGUGCCCGGAGUGGGUGGCUACCACGUGUCGACUUAUAACGUGACGGCCUACAACGUGACGUCUGGCGCCUUCUUGGACCUUCCUGAAGCAGCUGCCAGCUUGCCCGAGGCCCGCGACCAUGGUGUCGGUGGAAUCGUCGGGAACAGGUUGUUCUACGCAGGUGGCCGCAUCAACGGCCAGCCAAACAUGAGGAACACAACCUACUACUUGGACCUUGACGACCUAGAGGCUGGCUGGGUGACCGCGGACUCCCACAUGCCCACCGCCCGGGCAGGGUCAUUCUUCGCCAUCCAGGACGACACGCUUUGGACCUUCGGGGGCGAGGUCAAAUACAACAGCAGCAAUGGCCUGAAUGUCUGGGAUGAGGUUGAGGUCCUGAACACGACUUCCCUCGAGUGGACCUCGCUCACCCCCAUGAAAGUCCCCCGGCAUGGUUGCAACGGGGUGGUGAUCGACGGCGUCAUUUACUUCCCUGGUGGUGGACUUCGCAACAACGCCUGGCCUACCAACUAUACUGAUGCAUAUAUCCUCCCCAGCUUGUGA